UUCCCUCCGGAUUACACGCUCUCGGCACUCGCUUGCCUUCAGGGCCUCUUCCAUGGUCUUCUGCUUUUGCCUGACGGUACUGAUUUUCGUCCAGCUAAAUCCCUAGUAAAAUCAACGACUUCACAGAGCAACUAUUCGUCAUCAACCUCCACCGGCAGCAAAGAUGGACCGCUGCGAAUCCCAUGUUCUUCGGCUCACCUAGCAGGCUUGCCAGAUCGUAUCAGUCGAGCCGGAGAGAUGGCUAGGAGUGCGGCAGCAGCAGUACAGGUGUUCAUCGCAGAUCCGUCUGCUUCUGCAAGCUCAGGAUCUGGUGAUACUAUUGGUAGCAGUGCUUUAUUAGGUCUUCCUAAUUGGCAAAAUGACCAAUUCACUGCUGGAUUGUUGUCAUCAGGCACAGCUGGUCCUGUUGAUGUCUAUGGUCUUGGUCCCUGGGCCGACUUUGAUUGGCUCAGUGCGAUACGCCUCUCAGGACUUAUCCUAUCUGGUAGCGUACCUCAUUUUAGUCCUGCUAACUCCUCAACUCAGGGGCUGCCUUCCUUCUUCUUACCAACGAAGAGCAAGGUUGGAGGAGUCAACUUUUGUAUCAUUACUCUCUUUAUUCUCUGA